GCGCUUUCGUGUGCUUUCUCGUUCCGCAUUACGGUGUACACCUCUGAGUCCAGAGUGCAGGCCGAGUCAGCUAUAUGCGCUCUAUAAAAUACCUCGUCACCAAGAUGGGCUAUCUGUCUAAUUCCCAGUACCUGCCAUGAGCACCGCCAGCUUCGAUUACGCUUCCUGGUCCCCCGCCUCGUCCUCGUUAACCUCACCGUCUUCGUCGAGUCCCGUCCAUCCCGCAUCACUCGUGGACGCGACCGCCCACUCGGCCGCAAUCAUGCAGCUCAUCAACACGGAUAUCUCGCGGCAUUUCAUCAAAUAUGUCGUCGAAUGCAUUUCAGAUACCGUCCAAUACGCACUGGGUUACGAUGCGCCGCGCGGCCGCACACACGCCCGCACGCGCCACACCCACCGCAAGUUCACCGCAUUCGUGCAGCGCGUCCUCGCCCACGCAAAGGUCCGGCCUGCCGCGGCGCUCGUGACGCUCGUCUACGUCGCGCGCGCACACCCGCACCUCAGCAUCGCGCACGAAGAGUGGGCGCUCGAGCGCGUGUUCCUCGGCGCGCUGGUCGCCGCGAGCAAGUACACGCAGGACAGCACGCUGAAGAACGCCCACUGGGCGCGCGUGAGCGGCUUGUUUGACGUGCACGACGUCGGGCGCAUCGAGCGCGAGUUUCUCGAGGUGCUGGACUGGGAGCUGGGUGUGCGGGAGGAGGAGGUCGUCGUGCACUGGGCUGGGAUUCUUGGUGAAAGCGCCCGCCAACGCGAGCGGCGGGAUUUGAGGGAGAAUCUGGCUGUGCAGCUGUCUCCGGUACUGCAGAGUCAUGUGCGCCUGGUUCGGCUCCCUCAGCAGCAGCAAGUGCAGCAAGUGCCCGACCUGGUGGCGAGCCCGACGAGUACCUGCGUAAGCCUUUCGCCGCGCACACCGUUCCAGUCUGGGACCCCGCCACAGCCUCAUGUGUCACCGACGUCGAAGCACGACUCUGAGACGGACGCCGACCCGGCUCGCAUGUCUUUGCCAGUCGAACCCUAGUCUCUGGACUGCAUGCCACCCCGAAUCGACCAUCGACCCAGAGACAUUACGCAUUCGUGCUCCUCCAUCAAGGACUCGCCAAGGACUGGCCCCGUUUCUCCAUCCGUGCGCUCUCAGGUGCCCUGGCGCAGAUCCCAUCUGGAAACCGACACCCGUGCAUAUCGCCCGCGGCAGUUCGUCUCUCUGUCUAUCCCCGGUCUGGACAGUUCACCUCCCCCAACGAACCGCGUGGUAUUCUCCCAUCCAAGGCCGCCGGUGAUCUCAUUGGAGCGUCGGUCUUCCGCAUGCAGUAGUAAGCUUCAGGAAUCGUAGCUUGACUGGUGUAAUUCGCGUCAUGAAUGGACAGCGAGAUUGAUCUAU